UAUCAGUAUUGAAAUCGUCGUUAGCGACGGUGGUUGCUUCGAUUCCGCCGUUGGUUGCUCUUCGUUUUCUGAGUGUGUGUGUGGCGCUCUUUCUUUCUCUCUCUCGCGCUGAUUUUACGGAGUGAUUUAAUAUCACUCAUGCUAGAACAAUGUUAAUGCCAAGAUAUAUGGGCCUGAACGACAGCUCUUCGUCGACGGGCAAAAAGGCAUCCAGCUCGUCCUCAAGCAGCGGGAGCCCAGCCACCACGGUGGGCGCCCACACCACGGUGGCCGCCCACACGAAGAUGCGUUUGCUGAGCAAAGUGGAGCACAACAUGCGUCAGAGCCAAGGUCACAGCCAGAACCAGAACCAAAACCAGAACAUCAACAGCCUCAUCAGCACGGCCGCAACGGGCAACGGAGUUGUGGGCGAUGUGGACGGCCUACUCAUGCCCAUGCGCAUUACGGAGCACCUUUCUCCGCCACCCGCAGACGUGCCGUCGGGCGGGGUCAAGAGUGAUGUUGUGUUUCACACAACAUCGCGGCCGGAGCGCAACCUGUGGAGCCGGCCCGAGAUGCUGGAAAUGCUGAGCAUCAUGCAAAACAUCAAUGCUCUGGAGCGGCUGCACGAUCGUAACACGAAGAGCGAGCACGUGUUCCGGCAGGUCGAGAUGAUAAUGCGCAGCAAGGGCUACGUGAAGAAGUCGAGCAUUCAGAUCUGGACCAAGUGGAAGUUCCUCAAGUCCACCUACAACACAACGACACGCCACGGCACUGGGGUCCCAAAGGUGGUGCCCGAGGAGGUCUACCGUGUCCUCUGCCGCAUGCUGGGCGGCGCCGAUGGCCAUAAUGCCAGUGGCAGCCUCAGCGAAUGCGGCAACUCCAUGGACAGCUCCAAGACGAUGGGCGAAGAGGAAGAAAUGGGCGUGGAACAUCCUAUAUUUGGCUUUCGCCUGGGGCUUGUCAAACCGGAGCCAACCGAUACAGGCUACGAAACCGCGCCGAAGGACGUUGUAUCAGAGCCGGACAUGGAAGCUUUUAAUUACGGAGCAAACGAUCGCGGGGUACUCGGCUACGUGCCCCAUAUGCCCAUCAUUGUGUCGGUAAAGCACGAGCCAGAUGUGGACCUGGGCAUGGAUGACACAAACACCCCGCCGCCUACGGCGCCAGCUUCGCCCACACCGCCGCUAGUGAGCGUGGAACUGAACGAUGAUGGGGAUUCCAAUCACGUAUACACGCCUCCGCCCACGAUGCCGAAGUUGAGGGUUGCGUCCUUUGCCAAGGCUGAACUAAAGAGGCCCACACACGGCAUAUUGCAGAUCGAUCGCCCGCCGCCGUCUCUAACCCAAAUGGGGCCGAUUUCGGGCCACCACGACAAGGGUACUCGCUCGAUGGCACUGCAGAGCACGAGCAGCAUUAAUUUCGUGCAUCCUACCAGCAAGCUAAUACUGCCCCGGAAGCAGCCCGCGCGUCUUCCACGUGAUAUCAGUAUCCAACCGGCGGGCAUGCGCCUCAAGUCGGUGCCCAUGCGUGGCACGGGCUACUCGCUGCGCCCCGAGCGCAUGAUUCCCGAUCUGGGGCAUUCGAUCUCGCCGCCCCAAUCGCCGACGCCGAGCCCGUCGCCCCCCAUCUAUUCACAUGGCACGCUGCGUGGGCCACCUCCCAGAUAUCCCAUGCCACCCCAAGCUGCAUUCACCAGCCGCCAAGCCCAAUUUCUGUCUGAACAGCAGCAGCAGAAGCCGCCGCCACAGCAGCCGCAGCAGCAGCCGCCGCCACAGCAGCCGCAGCAGCGGAAGCGUCUCAUGGGUCAGAGCCAUGGCGUGGCCACCCCUCCAGUGCCUAUCAAGCUGCAGCGGAAUGCCCCGAUCUACGAGUCGACACCCAAGAAUUCCCGAACUGCACCCCAGGCCGAGGCCCGGGCCGCACCGGAGGACAUCCGCAACUCAAAGGAGGAGCAGAAGGAGCGGCGUAAAAGGCAGCACGAGGAUCUGUUCACCAAGGAGCUCACCCAGCUGGCCAAUGGCAUGCGCUCGGCGCAGAAGGAAAUGCUCGAGGACUUCUUUAAGCAGCAGAGGAAGUUCGCCCGGAGCGAGCACCUCUUCCAGAUGAAGCAGGACUCGAUGGUGAUGACGGCACUGCGCAAGCAUACGGAUGCUCUGAUGCAAGUCGCUAACGAGCUGAUUGGGGAGAGCCUCGCGCCCAAAGUGGAGAAGAAAGUCAAUUGCGAGACUAGUAUGGAAGAAAAAACUGAAAAGAAGGAAGACAAGGCUGAGGAGAACGCUGAUAAAGCUGAGGAGAACGAAGAUGCUGAUGGCGAUGAGGAUUCGGAGAACGAAGAGGACGAUGAAGAUGACGACGAAGAGGAGGAAGAGGAAGAGUAUGAUGAUGAAGAAAACAUGAACUUUGAGAGCGAAAUGGACAUGUGCAGAAUGGCCAUGUCCGAAUCGGCCAAGAGCCACAGCCACGAUGAAUCCAGCCACGGCGACGCUCACAGCGAGAUCGAGUAAAUCCGAUCCCUAGCCCUAUCCCUAGUAUUACCCGAAAAUUGAUAUACGUAUUUUAGUAGAACCGAAAUCGAUUCAUUCCAAUCGCAUUCCUUAAGUUUAAACACCCUUAAGCACUAUAUAUUCCUAGAGCCAGGCCCGCGCAUUGUUAAAAGACUUGAUAAUAUUUAAGCAUAAAGAAUUAACAAAAAUGAAAUUUAAUUUAAUUUAAAUGUAUUUAUUGUUCACCGAUUGUCCGUGCCACAAGCAUGGAUUAUCCAAAGUGCUGUAAAGUUAUUUGAAACAACAAAAACACAUACAUACAUAAAAGGUACACACAUAUGAUAAAGAAUACAUUAUGAAUGAUAUGCUGUCCACAGAAGGAACUAA